GCUAAUACCAUAGACAGGUCAACACUCAACACGCAUCAAAUUGAAUUUUCUCCCUCAUCCCGAGGCAGAAUUUCCUCCCGUCAAGCGUGGCUAAUCAAGGUACCAAAAGAAAAAUGAGCAGCUCUGAGGAGGUAUCAUGGAUAAGUUGGUUCUGCGGCCUCAGAGGGAACGAAUAUUACUGCGAGGUGGACGAAGACUACAUAAGUGAUAAGUUCAAUUUAACAGGUCUUAAUGAACAAGUUCCACAUUACAGGCAGGCCUUGGAUAUGAUAUUGGACCUAGAACCAGAUGAUGACUUGGAAGAAAAUCCAAAUCAAUCAGAUUUGGUGGAACAGGCUGCAGAAAUGCUCUACGGUUUGAUUCAUGCACGUUACCUUUUAACUAACAGAGGCAUAGGACAAAUGUUGGAAAAAUUUCAAACUGGAGACUUUGGUAAUUGCCCACGUGUUUAUUGUGAAUGCCAGCCAAUGUUGCCCAUUGGACUCUCAGAUGUCCCUGGUGAAGCAAUGGUUAAGCUGUACUGCCCCCGUUGUAUGGACGUAUAUACUCCAAAAUCUUCCCGUCACCACCAUACAGAUGGUGCCUAUUUUGGAACAGGUUUUCCACAUAUGGUGUUCAUGGUACACCCAGAAUACCGCCCACGAUGUCCCACGUCAGAGUUUGUGCCCAGACUAUAUGGGUUCAAGAUCCACCCGGUAGCCUAUGAGAUUCAGACACAAGCAGCUGCGGGACACAAAUCACUUCGAACUAUGGCAUACAACAAUGGUAAACGCUAGGAGCGACCCAGGCCACGACCCCCGCCGACGCGACACUAGCAGUUGCUAUAAAUAGCGGAUGACCAUUGGUUAUUGUCAUUUAUCUUGAGCGUUGACCAAAAACAGGAAUGUACAGGCUUAAUGGUGUAAAUUUGAAAUCUGACAAGUUUCGAUUAUGAAUUGACCUGCCAACCAAACAACUUUGGAGGUGUUCACAAAGUUUAAAGAUAAAAAAUUCGACCAUACAUUUAUCCAUAAAUCUCCAAAAGACACAACGCUACAAAUAUGAUGUGAAAUGUGGCAGAAGCAGACUUAGAAAAAUUAUUAAAUAAGGCUCUAUUUCUAAAUCAAAAUUUCUUCUAUUUAUGUUAUAGUUUACUAAAUAACCUUGUGUCAAUAAUGCCUCUUCUACAGAGAAGAAACAUAGGUAUUUUUUGAAACUAUUGAAUAGAUAUUUUUAAUGUCUAUUCUCGUAAAUAAAUGAAAAUUUGAAAUACCUAAUUUUUUUUUGUAAAAUGUCAGUAUCUUCAACGCUCAAGAUUGUGUCGUAAAUUUUAAUACGUGACGUUAUACCUAAUAUUAGUUCACUCUACAGUAACAGCUAAUACAAAUACAGUCAAAACUGUUUAUGAAGACAUCAUAUUGAUCAAAAUCAAAGGUUCCGGCUGAAUUCUAUUGUAUGAGGUACUGAAUAUCAACGUCAUCCGCUAUUACGACUAUCGGAUUUUACCAAAUAUGAGUAGACCCUUCGAUGUCUUUAUAAACAGACUUUGAAUGUAAUUUUAUUUAUCAAAAAGUGCUCCGUGAAAGAAAACAUAUUAAUUAAUGCACAAUAAGAGUUAUACAUUAGUUUUAUCUUUACCCAUCAAUAUUCGUUAGAAGGAAAUCGAUGGUAAAUGUCACUUAUUUGGGUCAUCUGUCAUGUGACUCGCUGUCAAAGAAAUCUAUGGGCGUAGCCGAAGGGAUAAAAAGAGAUUUCUCAUUUAAGUAGGAUAAGAAAUAAUUUUUUAACCUAUGGUGUUUGUAUGUUUUAUGUAGUUCUUGAUUCGAUUUUUCAACUUCGAUUUAUAAGUUUGAAUCAUCUGUCAAAUAGAUUAUUAAGACCGCGUUUUCGUAUAAAACGAACAAAUUUAUUAACGAAAAACCGUAACCAAGCUACGCCCAAAUUUCUUGACGUACCGGUUUUUCAUGGUUCCAAAGAUCGAUCUUAGAAGGAGCCAAGUGUGAAAUGAGUAAUAGAAUGUUUGAUUAUUUUCUAAAAAUGAUACUUAUCUAUUUGCCAGGUGAAUACCGUGAAUCCAUAGCUAAUAAAUACAUAAUGAAAAAUGAUACAUAAUUAUAAAAGCGGGGAACGUGGUCUUUCAUCUAUAUAAUUAGACAGUAUUUCGUUGUACUCAUUGUUAUAGCUAAGAUCAUUUUAACCGUAUUUAGGCUCGAAUUCUAAACCAUUUAUAGCUUUGCGUAUUUUCAAACAUGUCCUAGAAAAUUAAAAUGUUUUAGAAUACGAGUUUAGGUACCCAAUAAUAAUUAUGUCAUAUGUGCCUUACGGGCAUAUGGCACUUUAAGUAUCAGAUUUAGAUUAUCAUUUAGAUUUAAGCUAGUUCUUUGUUUUUUUAUUGGUUUCUACACUAAUAUUAUUAAAAGAUAAAUUUGA